GGAUUUCAUUAGUGUUGAACGUAAAUCAGCGGAAGAUGGUGGUCGUCGGUCAGCGGGCACACGAACCGCGCUUAGCGGGUGCGCGAACCAUACUCCCUAUACUCUGUCUUUUUGGCGCCCUAAUUGAUCCGUCGAUGGGUCAAUUCUACUCGGUGGACAGCAGUGGCCUGGGCAUUUCCCUGAUGCAAUCGGUGGCCGCGGCCCUGAAUGCCUCCAGUCUCUCGCUGGCCAACAACACCGCCUGGCCGGAGCAGCACGAUCCACUGGGGAUCGAGAGCUAUGACUAUAUCGUAGUGGGAGCUGGCAGUGCUGGCUCCAUAGUGGCCAGUCGUCUGAGUGAGCGGUGCCAGCUGAGGGUCCUUCUGCUGGAGGAGGGACAACUGCCGCCGCUGGAGUCGGAAAUAUUCAGCCUCACUGCUGCACUGCAUCACGAUGCGAGGUACAUGUUCCUGGAGGAGGCCGUUCCCAAUACCAAAUGCUGCCAGGCAAUGGCCACCGGUCAUGGGUGCGUCUGGUGGCAUGGACGCAUGAUGGGCGGCGGUGGAGCCAUAAAUGGCAAUAUCUACAUACCCGGCAGUCGGGAGAACUUCCGGCAAUGGAACACAACCGGCUGGGAUUGGCCAGAGGUCCAGAAGAUUUACUCCCGCCUCCAGCGACGCCUGAAUGUCUCUUACCUCCAGGCCAAUAGUCUCAACCAGAAGUUGGCCAACCUGAUUUACUCCGCUGCCUCGGAGGUGGGUGUUCCGCGAAUGAAACAGCCUUUGAUAGCGGGUUCCUCCUUUGGCUACACCCAUCGUGUUCCGGUUACCGUAAACCAGGGACGUCGAGCCAGCAGUGGUCGCCUGUAUUUGGCCAACGAUCGCGUGAAUAGGAGAGCCAAUCUCAAGGUGAUACGAGGAGCCCAAGUUCAGAGGGUGCUACUCAACGCGGAGGGAAACCAGGCCACGGGAGUAAGAUAUACCCUAAAUGGUAUGGAAUAUACAGCAAAGGCCUCAGAGGAAGUGAUCCUGAGUGCAGGAACCCUGAAUUCCGCCAAGUUACUGCUCCUAUCGGGCAUCGGUCCUCGCGAGGAGCUGGAAACUUGGAAUAUAACCACCCAUCAGGAUCUGCCGGUGGGUCGGAAUCUCCAGGAUCACGGAAUGCUGCCGCUCUUCCUACUCUUCGGCUCCCAGUGUGCCGUAAAUAGUACUCGCGAGCCCACAGAUGAUCCCUAUGCUCCUGUUUCUAUUACCAAAUAUCUGCUGGAAAAUCAGGAAGGUCCCUUGGCCAGCGGUUUCUACAUGAUGGGCUACAUCAACUCCAGUUCACCCGGAUCCAGUCGAGGUGAACCCGAUCUCCAUGUGGUGGCCCACACGCUGUUGCCCAAAGGAAGCUCGGGUAGCUUUGGCUACCUGGGCUUUCGGCCCGAAUUGAUCGCAGCUCAGGCGGAUGCCCUGAAAAAAUGGGAUAUGCUGCAGAUAAUGGGCUCCCUACUGCGUCCCUUGGCACGCGGAAGUGUGAGUCUGUCGAGCAGGAAUGCCUCGGAUCAGGCACGAAUCGAAAAUCACUAUGGCGAGGAUCUGGAGGAUCAGCGGACCCUGCUGCGCUAUGUGAGAUACGUUCAGAGGUUGGCCAAAACCCGAGCCUUCCGUCGUUGUGGUCUGCGUCUUUGGCUGCCGCCCCUCGAGGAAUGCGAUGUGCUGACCCCUGAUUCCGAUGAUUACUGGCUGUGCUACGUGCGUUACAUCUAUGUGGGCGCCUGGCAUUCCGUGGGCACCUGUCGCAUGGCUUCUAGGAAGGAUUCCCCCGAUGGAGGCGUGGUGGAUGAGCGACUGAGGGUUCAUGGUGUCCGAGGUCUUCGCGUCGUGGAUGCCAGCAUUAUGCCGGAAUUACCAGCUGGCAACUCCAAUGGACCCGCAAUGAUGAUCGGCGAGAAGGGGGCGCAAAUGAUCCUCGAGGAUCGACAGGUGGACAAUGAGGUGGUCCAGGAGUGCUGAUUUAUACUUAUACAUUUCCUAAGAACCCGACUUUAAAAAACUAUUAGCUUUGUAAUAA